AUGCGGAUUCUUCUUCUCUCCGCUGUCACGUCGACCUUCUUCGCUUUUGCCUACGGCGCUGGAAGUGCCGUCCAAGGCACCGGGUCAACCACUCGUCAGUGGUCCUGUUGCAAGAACUCCUGCUCUUGGCCCGGCAAAGCUCUUGUCGACAAGCCAGUCCUGACGUGCGACGCGAGCGACAAUCUCCUCGACAACUACAACAGGCGCGACGGCUGCGAAAGUGGCGGUGGCUCAUAUGCAUGCUCUGAUCUCAGCCCAUGGGCUGCGAGUAACGACUUGGCGUAUGGCUUCGCCGCAGUCAAUCUUGCAGCUUCGAACGAAUCCGCGUGGUGUUGCUCUUGCUACUCUCUGACGUUUACUUCCGGGCCAGUCAACGGAAAGAAGAUGAUCGUCCAAGUCACGAACACCGGGUCUGAUCUAGGAGAGGAUCAGUUCAACAUUGCCAUCCCUGGUGGUGGUGAAGGUUCUACCCAAGGAUGCACGAAGCAAUAUGGCGGCGCGGAUGUCUGGGGUCAAGACUAUGGUGGCGUAGCGCAUCGCGACGACUGCGACGCCCUCCCUUCUGCGCUGCAAGCUGGCUGUUACUGGCGGUUCGACUGGUUCCGAGGAGCUGACAAUCCUUCGGUCAACUGGGAGAAGGUCAAGUGCCCUGAAGCUUUGUCUGGCGUGUCUGGCUGCCGCCGCAACGAUGACCCAAUUCCGGGGCAGAACACCCCAUCACCGACGCCUACGACUUCGGCCCCGAUAUCUUCUGGUACUGUCAAUGCGGCGGCAAGUCUUACAAAGGUCCCACUCGAUGCGUAG